AUGGAAGUGAUGGCAUUCGCUGGAAAAGAUCCACUAAGAGCUCCAAUAUCUCUUGCUCUAGAAAUAGAGGUGUAUGCGAACUCGAUCGAGUCGGUCUACAGAAGACUUGGUCGAGCUAGACUUACAACGGGUAGAAAGAGGGUUCAGAGGUCACAGAGGGUACAAGAGGAACCUGAGGUGCUUGUUGCUGAUACAAUGGAUGUACCAGAGGGGAAUGGAAACCCUUUGGGCAAUGGACUCGGUCGAGCUAGGCAAACUCGACCGAUUGGUCAAGGAGAUGCUCCAAACCGCCACCAACAGAGACAAGGGAUUGUUCCACCACCAGUGCAGAACCACAACUUUGAGAUCAAGCUGGGAAUGAUCAACCUUAUCAAUGGUGUCUCUGAAGAUGCCAUCAAGCUGAGACUCUUUCCUAUGUCUCUAGCUGACAAAGCUCACCAAUGGGAGAAGAGCUUGCCCCAUGGCACAAUCACCACUUGGGAUGAAUGCAAGAAGGCCUUUCUUGCUAAGUUUUUCUCCACCGGUCGCACAGCCAAGCUUAGAGGAGAGAUAUCCAGCUUCAUCCAGCGAAACAAUGAGACAUUCGCAGAGGCUUGGGAGAGGUUCAAAGGCUACACAAGUCAGUGCCCACACCAUGGAUUCAACAAUGAAUCACUACUCUCCACUCUUUAUAGAGGAUGCUUGCCUAGGUAUAGGGAGAUGCUAGACACAGCUAGCAAUGGGAACUUCCUCAACCAGGAUGUAGAUGAUGGCUGGCAACUUGUGGAGAACAUAGCUAACUCAAAUGGAAGCUAUGGAGAAGAGUAUGAUCGCACCAACCGGAGCUCGACCCACCACUCGAUCGAGUCAGACGAAAAGUUGAGAAAAGAUGUUAAGGCAUUGAAUGAGAAGUUGGAUAAGCUGAUCCUAGCUCAGUCCACAAUGAAGAAAGUCAACUUUGUGUCUGCUGAGGAGAUGGAACCAGUCCAAGAAGGGGAGGAUACACAAUUUGCUGAGGUGUGCUACAUGAGCAAUGGGCAAGGAGGUUACAACAAAGGAUACUAUAAUUACAAGUCCAACCCUGCCAUGUCAUACCGCAACACUGAUGUUGCUAACCCUCAGGACCAAGUCUAUCCUCAACAACAAGCAGCUCGAUCGAGUCAAGCCACAACAUGGGUAUGGUCAAAAGAACAAUUACCAAGGACCACAAGGCACUUUCCCUGGACAACAAAUGAAUAUCCCACCAGGCUUCCCCACCAACCACCCCAGCCUGCACCUUCACAAGAGAAUGAGCUCAAGGCAAUGCUAAAGCAACUACUUCAAGGGCAAGCUGAUGGGGUAGUGGACACAAGCAAGAAGCUAGCUGAAAUAAACUCUAAGAUCGAGAACCUCAACACAAGGGUUUACUCUCUGGAGAAUCAUGCUUCUUCUGUUGCUGCUGCUACAAAGCAAGGACAACUACAAGGUUCUACUGUACCUGGUAAAGCUAUUCAGAACCCCAAGGAACAGUGCAAGGUCAUCUUCACUCAAGAAGGACUUGUUGAAGAAGAGGAUCAAGAAAGGGUCAUUGAAGAUUUUUGUUUACUGCUGAAUGAUGAGAGAUUGUUGCUGCUGAGGCUCCUGGAGUCCAGAUUGAUCAACCAGAAGUGCAGGCACCUACUGUGGCCUUCACACUUCACCACCAUUUUGCUUGAUCCUUACCAACCGGUUGCCGCUUCCUCGUCUCGCCUACUUAGUCAAGGUCACAAGGAAGUGAUUCACAAGUUCAGAAGAGAUCUCAGUGGGAUUGGAAUUGAGUUGCCUCCUAUGGAUAGCAUGAUUCAACCUGCUUACUUCACCCACUUCCUACCAAAGGUCAAGGAUCAAGGGAAAUUCACUCUCCCUUGCACACUUGGGCAUCUUGAGCUUGACAAUGCCUUAGUGGAUUCUGGAGCAAGCAUCAAUCUGAUCUCUCUCUCCAUGGCAGAGAAGCUAGGCAUUGCUGGAGCCUUGCAGCGCCCUACUACUUCAAUCAUGUUUGGAGAUGCAACUUCUAAGUCUCCUCUUGGAGUGUUCAAGAACUAUCACUUGAAAAUUGGAGAAUGCAUCAUCCAAACUGAUCUCACUGUGAUGGAAUGGAAGAAGAGAAGGAUCUACCUCUGUUAUUGGGAACCCCAUUCCUUAGUUGUGAAGGAAAGGGUUGACAAAGAACCAAGAGUUGGGAAGGAUAAGGUUGAGAGAGGACCAAGGAUUGAGAAGCCACGUCUUGAGAGGGCUAGAGUUGAGAAACCACGAUCUGAUAGGCCAAGAGCUGAUAGACUUGUUCAAGCCCCUUGUGUGCUUGAUGAAGAGAGCCUUCAAGCUUUGUUUGAUGAGCCACUAGGAAGGGCUCUAAAAGAAGGGGAGGAUGUAGCCUCUAAGGCAAGACCAGGGAUAAAAGAAAGGAUCCACCAGCUCAGGCCCCUUCAGUCAAGCCAUCUCAGCUCACAAUGA